AUGUCUACUCCCGAAACUUCCUCUGAAACUCCUUCAACUUCCACUACGAACAUCACUUCUGUUAGUCUCAAGCUACCUCCGUUCUGGCCUUCCAAUCCUUCUAUUUGGUUUGCACAAGUUGAGGCUCAGUUUCAGACACGCAAUAUUACAUCUCAAUCGACAAAAUAUCACCAUGUCAUUUCCAUGCUUCCGCCAGAAGUUGCUCAAGAGAUUCGCGACAUAUUACUUAAUCCACCAACUUCUCAACAAUAUGACUACCUCAAGUCCGAGCUUAUCAAGCGUACGUCUGUUUCGGAGCGAAAACGUCUUCAUCAGUUACUAGUAGCAGAGGAACUCGGUGAUCGAAAACCCACCCAACUUCUUCGCAAAAUGCGACAGCUUUUAGGCAAUGCAGAGCUCGAGGAGCGUAUUCUUCGUCAGUUGUUUCUCGAACGUUUACCGACUAAAGUUCAACCCAUCUUGGUUUCCUCUGCUGAUACAAUUUCCCUAGAUCAACUUGCCACUCUUGCUGAUAAGAUUUGUUUCUAUACGACGUCUCAAUCUCAA